AAAAAGAAAGAAAGAAAAAAGAGAGAGAGAAGGUGGAGUCACAAGUCAUAAGUGUGCAGUUGCACGCUUGUCUUGAGUAUUGAGAGUGUUGAUUAGAGAAGAAAGAAUCAGAGAGAGUGGCUUUGUGUUGAAGCUAGAUAUAAUAAUAAUUAAGAAAAUCCGAACAUGAUCCACUCAUAUUGAGUCACAACUACCGUAAACAAGUUCCAGUUUUUCCAGUUCCUGAAUGCUGAAUGCAGAUGAUGGGUACGAGAACGGAGUGUCCGAUGUUGUUAAUGUUUAUGUCGUUGUUGUUGUUGGGGGUUUUAAUAGGAGGAGGUGAAUCGGAGUACAUAGAGUACAACACAACUCACAGAAUCGUUCCGGGGAAGAUCAAUGUGCAUUUGGUCCCUCACUCUCACGACGAUGUUGGUUGGCUCAAGACCGUCGAUCAGUACUAUGUUGGUGCCAACAACUCCAUUCGGGGGGCUUGCGUCCAGAAUGUGCUGGAUUCUGUCAUUUCGGCCUUGUUGGAAGACAAGAACCGCAAGUUCAUCUAUGUCGAGAUUGCAUUCUUCCAGAGAUGGUGGAGGCAGCAAAGCAAGGCUCUGAAGGCUAAGGUCAAGGAGCUGGUCAACUCUGGUCAACUCGAAUUCAUAAAUGGGGGCAUGUCCAUGCAUGACGAGGCAACCCCACAUUACGUUGACUUGAUUGAUCAGACGACCUUGGGGCAUCAAUUUAUCAAGAACGAAUUCGGUCAGAUUCCACGAGUGGGUUGGCAGAUUGAUCCUUUUGGGCAUUCUGCAGUUCAAGCUUACCUUCUUGGUGCAGAGUUAGGAUUUGAUUCCCUCUUUUUCGCUCGAAUUGAUUACCAAGAUAGAGCCAAGCGGCUCAAAGAGAAGACUCUUGAGGUUGUAUGGCAGGGGUCUAGAUCCCUCAGUUGGUCUUCACAGAUUUUCACUGGGAUAUUCCCUAGGCAUUAUGAUCCUCCUGAUGGUUUUACAUUUGAAAUAAAUGACGCUUCACCACCUAUUCAGGAUGACAUUCUUCUUUUUGACUACAAUGUUCAAGAACGAGUUAAUGACUUUGUUGCUGCUGCUUUAGCGCAGGCUAAUGUGACAAGAACCAACCACAUUAUGUGGUGCAUGGGGACGGAUUUUCGUUAUCAAUAUGCAAAUUCGUGGUUCAGGCAGAUGGACAAGUUCAUUCACUACGUCAAUCAGGAUGGGCGCGUGAAUGCACUAUAUUCGACACCAUCUCUCUACACUGAUGCAAAACACGCAACCGAUCAGAAAUGGCCUCUCAAAACUGAUGAUUUUUUCCCGCAUGCAGAUAAAAUAAAUACAUAUUGGACAGGGUACUUUACAAGUCGUCCAGCACUUAAAGGCUAUGUCAGAGUCAUGAGUGCUUACUAUCUGGCAGCAAGGCAGUUGGAAUUUUUUAUAGGCAGAAAUGCCUCAGGUCCAAACACUGAUGCACUUGCUGAUGCUUUGGCAAUCGUUCAACAUCAUGAUGCAGUUAGUGGUACAGAAAGAGAGCAUGUUGCUGCCGACUAUGCAUUGCGAAUUUCAAUAGGAUAUCAGGAGGCUGAGAAGUUGGUAGCUUCUUCUCUAGCUUACCUGACAAAAAAAUCAGGUUCAAGUUCUGGAGUUGCAAACUUUCAGCAGUGUCCACUACUUAAUAUAAGUUAUUGUCCUCCAUCAGAAGCUGUCUUGUCUGAUGGGAAAAGCUUGGUUGUUGUUGCAUACAAUCCUCUAGGAUGGAAGAGAGAGGAAGUAAUACGAAUCCCUGUAUCCACUGACAGGGUUACUGUUCGGGAUUCUAGUGGAAGAAAAGUAGAAGCUCAGCUCCUUCCUAUAACAAAUGCCACUUUGAGCAUUAGAAAUUACUACGCUAGAGCAUAUUUGGGUAAAUCUCCAAGUGAAACAAUUAAGUAUUGGCUUGCAUUUUCAGUGUCAGUACCACCAAUUGGUUUUAGCAGUUACAUCAUCUCAACUGUGAAACAGACAGGUCCUAGUUCAACCAUUUCAUCCAUCUACACGUUGGAGGAAAGUGCAGACGAUACCAUAGAAGUCGGGAAAGGAAGUUUAAAGCUCAUUUUUUCUGCUCGCGAGGGAAAGCUUACACAUUAUGCUAAUAGGAAAAAUCUGGUCACAGCAUCUGUAGAACAGUCAUACAGUUAUUACACUGGAAGUGAUGGAACUGAUGAAGAUCCUCAGGCUUCUGGGGCAUAUAUCUUCCGUCCAAAUGAAACAUUUCCUAUAAAAUCUGAAAGUCAGGUUCCUCUAACUGUGAUUCGGGGUCCACUAGUGGAUGAAGUACACAAACGGAUUAACCCAUGGAUAUCUCAGAUUACGAGGGUAUUUAAGGAAAAGGAUCAUGCUGAAGUUGAGUUUACUAUUGGACCUAUACCUGUUGAUGAUGAUAUUGGCAAAGAAAUCGCAACUCAAAUUACAACAGCCAUGAAGACCAAUGGAACAUUUUACACAGAUUCCAAUGGACGUGACUUCAUUAAACGGCUUCGAGAUUUCAGAACGGACUGGGAACUGCAAGUCAAUCAACCGAUUGCUGGAAACUAUUAUCCUAUUAAUCUUGGAAUUUACGUGCAAGACACUAGCUCAGAACUUUCAGUUUUGGUUGAUCGUUCGGUGGGGGGAUCCAGCUUAAACGAUGGUCAGAUAGAGCUGAUGCUCCACAGGCGGUUACUUCAUGAUGACAAAAAAGGAGUUGGUGAGGUAUUGAAUGAAACAGUUUGUCUCCAUGAUAAAUGCGAGGGUUUAACGAUACAAGGAAAAUUUUACUUCAGAAUUGACCCUCUUGGGGAAGGUGCCAAGUGGCGCCGCACAACUGGCCAAGAGAUAUAUUCUCCACUGCUCUUGGCCUUCACAGAACAGGAUGGAAAUGAGUGGAUAAAUUCUCAUGUCUCAACAUUUUCUGGAAUUGAUCCUUCAUACACUUUACCAAACAACGUUGCCGUGAUAACCCUCCAGGAGCUUGAAAAUGGAAUAGUACUCCUUCGACUUGCCCAUCUAUACGAGACGGGAGAGGACAAGGAUUACUCCGUAUUGGCAAGUGUGGAGCUGAAGAGGCUGUUUCCAAAAAAGAUCAACAAAGUGAGGGAGAUGAGUUUGUCUGCCAACCAAGAAAAAGCGGAGAUGGAGAAGAGGAGGCUAGUUUGGGAAGUGGAAGGAUCUGGCGAGAGGUCAGAGGUGGUGAGGGGAGGUCCUGUUGACCCUCAAACACUUGUGGUGGAACUUGGCCCCAUGGAAAUCCGCACUUUCCUUAUCGACUUUGCUUUCCUCCGCCUGUUCGGUUCCUAAAGGGGAGAACAAUAUCUCACCAUUAUCGCCCUCAGCAUUGUGCAUGAGACUUGCCCCUGUAACUUUGGCAUGCUUUAACUAAACAACGUUUUUCUGUUCUCAAACAUUUUUCGAGGUUCUUGUUGGAGGCUUGUAGCUCUGAAUGGAGGGUGUUGUGUACUUGUGUUGUAUAGUAACGCCGAAAAUCGUAAUAAAAGGACUGAGAUUAUCAAUC